CAUCGCAUAUUAAACGUAAUGGCUGAAGGUGGAACCUCUAACGAUGUCCCCGACAAUCCCAUAACUCCGAAGGAGGCCCGGCUGUUAGAUUGUCCGAUUUGUCUGGAGCAGCUGCACGAACCAAAGUCCCUCCCGUGUUUUCAUUCCUUCUGUCAGGAAUGUCUGUCCACCUUCAUCACCAAAGACCUGUCGGGAAAGAUGGCGUCGGCGACUGCCUUCCCUUGUCCUGUAUGUAGGAAGAUGACACAGCCUGUCAACCCGUCUGAGGACAAGGAGAAAUGGGCUCAACAAUUCCCAGCCAAUGUAAUAGUGAAAGAUCUGGUAAAGUCCACGGCACUUGAGCCGAUGUACUGUAAACCUUGCGGGAAAAAAGGAAAACCUGGGAUCCCGGCAGCGAUAUGGUGUGAAAUAUGCAAGGCGUUCUUCUGUGAAAAAUGUAAAGUCGAUUUUCACGAUUGGAUUCACGAAGAUUGUGAAUCAGUAGAUGUAACAGGGAAGACAGGAAUUAUUCCGCGACAAGGAACAGAACAGAUCCGAUGUGAAAAGCACGCGAAGGAGGUCGAUUACUAUUGUGAGGACCAUCUGAUUCUUGGCUGUAGUAGAUGUAUCACCAUAGACCACAGACGAUGUGACGUAGUGACAACGACACAGGAAUACUGUGACAAACUGAAGACGGAGUCACGACUGGAGGAUCGAAAAGAAUCACUACAGAAGACAAAGGAGGCUAUCAAGUUGCUCGUCAAAACAUUUGGCGAGAAACUACAAAUCCUCCUAGAAGAUCAAAAUUCUGGAUUUGACAGUUUAACAGAUCUUCGAAAACAGGUCGACCUACGUCUUGACGCCAUGCAGAAGGACAUCACAGACAAACUGGUAUCGUCUUACAAGCAAGAAAAAGAAAAUUUGGACUUGUCUAUUAAGAAAUGUGAACGUCUGAUGUCAUCCAUUGAGAACACAGUAGAAAGCUCCGAGACAGCUGUUCAGAGGAAUGAUAGCGUAAACACAAUACUUAUGUACCAGAGAGGCCAGGUGGAGAUGGAGUCCUACCAGAACCUGAUCACGGAAAUAAGGAAGUCUUUUGCUUCCGUCAGAAUAAAACAUGUCGUCGAUCCCAGUCUGGUCAGGUUGGAUAAGGAUAGCCCACUGUCGUUAGGAAACGUCAUUAUAGAGGAAAAACCAGAACAGCUCCCAAAAGGAAUAAGUACCAUGAGGCCUUUGUGUGUAUAUGACGUGAAGGAGGUAGGCAAGUUCAGUAUAAAGUGUCCAUCAGAUGGGGGCGAUUGUUCUGCAGCUGGUAUUGUUUACUUACCUGAUGAUCAUAUCGUUGUAGGAGAUUGGAACAAUUACAAAAUAAAGUUGUUUACAGUUUCAGGGAAAUGUUUGGAUGAGAUGAAGGUUACAGGAAACCCGUGUGAUAUGUGUUGUGUAGAUGAUGACACUGUAGCGGCCGCUAUCGACAAUUCUGAAAUACACAUAAUCAAAGUGAACCAUGCAAAACUAACAUUGUCUUCCAAAAUAAAACUUUCUAUCGGAGCAAACCCAUAUGGUAUCACUUACUCAAAUGAGACGUUUACUGUGAGUACUCCGACCGAUGUGUAUAGAGUCAGUAAGGAUGGGGUUAUGAACAAAAUUGCUUCCUAUCCAAACAACUGCUGGCAUCUUGCGUGCGACCCAAGGACAGGACAGAUAUAUGGAAGUCAAUAUACAUCCAAGGAUGGUAAUGCAACUGUAUACAGACUGUCAGACGGUAAACAUACAAGCAUAUCAAAAGUUGGUAUGCUGAAGGACGCGUUUGGUGUUGACGUCGACGGUGACGGCAAUGUGUACGUGUGUGGGUGGGCGUCAAAUAACGUGGUUCAGAUGUCAGGUGACGGGACAAACGUCAGAGAGCUGCUGACGUCAUCACACGGUGUAGACAAACCGAAGGCGAUAUCUCUGUGUGGGAACAAAUUCGUCGUUACAAACCAAUCAUCACAAAAUCGUAAUGAAGUGCGAGUGUUUGAACUUUACUGAUCAGUAACUAUGACAGUUGGUAACAGUAACAGUAUUCUGAUAUGGUCGGACGUGAGAUGUAUUCGGGCCCUUGAAGCUUUUUUAACAAAUUAACAACAAACUCUAGCAUUCCUGAUAUAUAACUAGAGUGGAUGUAGGCCCAGUACUCACUGGUUAAUCCUGCUGAUUAUUGAAUACAAAUACAAUCAAUCCAGAUAACAGUUUGUGUAGAGAUAGCAUUGUGUGAAUGCAAGGAAGUUGAGUUUUAUACAAUGAGGUAAGCUUACAUGUCCAAAGGGCAAAUGAGCUUAUAUCGUGGCGCGGCGUCCGUCGGCCGUCGGCCGUCGUCCGUCAGACUGGCGUCAAUAUUUCCAUUUUUUUUCGAUAACCAAGAGGCUCAGAAACAUGCUAUUGGGCCUGUAACAUGCUUCGACAAAGACCUACUAAAUUUGUUCAAAUAAAUGAACUUGAUCUACUUACUUAAAGGGGUCAAAUGUGCUGAAAUCUUUUUCAAUAACAAUGUGAUACAGGAUCAUGAUAUUGGAGCAGUAGCAUUCUGGAAUAAAGGAGUACCGAGUAUGUUCACAUGU